UGCUAUACUCUGUACACACGGACCAUCACCCCAGACGGGGCUCCAAGACUAUUCUACGCUAUGAGCUAUGAGCUAUCUAAGGAGUACAUCACGCUCUUAUCGACAUAGUCAACUCGAAUGAUGCCAUUUAACUAACUUAGUUCAAACCUAGACCCAGUCUCAGGACAAGGAUAUAGAUAGUAGAUAGCGAAGUAGAUAGGAUAAAGUAUCUACCUACCCCUAAUACCCAAGAGACUGCCCAAACCAAACCCUCCAUCUCAUCACCAACACCUCCCAACCCCCAUUCCCCAAACCAAAAGGGACUGAAAGAAAAAAAAGAAUGACGGACAUAAACCACCAAACCCACCUCACCCGCCUUUCCCAACUAACCCGCCUCACCCAAGCCCACAACCUCCAAACCACCAACAUCACCCCACUCGCAUACCAACCCCUGGGCCCCUGUCCCUACAACAACUUCAUCUACAAGCUCGAACUCACCCACCCCCCUGAUCCAUAUACCUUCCACAACCCUGAAUCCCCCAAUUCCAAUCCCGAUCCCAAUCCCAAGCUCCAUCCCUACAUCUCCCCCCUCCCCAACGAUGAAAAGAUAUUCGUGUUGAGGAUGAAUAAUCCCCUCGCGAUGGGGAUAAACCCCCUCUCUGAUCGCAUCGAGAAUGAGAUUCUGGCGAUGGGGAUGGCGAGAAAGGGGCUGGAUACGUUGAGGGAUGGGUUGGGGGGUGUUGUGCCGAGGGUGUAUGCGUAUUGUGCGAGGCCGGAAGGGGUGGGGGAGUUGCCGUGGGUGUUGAUGGAGUAUAAAGCGGGAGUGGCGUUGGAUGAGGUGUUUGGGGGGUUGGAGGGGGGUGUGAGGGGAGAAGUGUUGGGGCAGGUUGCGGAUUUGGUGGCUGGGUUGCGGUUAUCUGGGUUGGGGUUAUCGAGGGGUGUUGAGGGGGUGUAUGGGGGGUUGGGGGUGAGGAAGGAUGGGGAGGGGGAUGGGGAUGAGGAGGGAGGGAUAGUCGGGACGGAAAUGACGAUGACGAGGGGAGGGCCGUGGAAGAGCUAUGAGAGAAUGCUUCAGGCGAGGUUGAGGCAUGAGCUGGGGGAUGCGGAGCAGAGCCCCGUGAUAAACGGGUGGAGGGAGAAUGGGGUGAAAGAGCGGUUGGACAGUUUGAUUGAGAAGUUUACACUCGGGGAGGAAUUGGGAUUGGGCUUGGAGGAGAGGGUAUUGGUUCAUGGGGAUUUGAGUAAGUACUUCACCCACUUAGCCAUACCAACUACGAUACACUCAAGUACUGAUACUGGGAUAGCAAUGAACAACAUCCUCAUCUCCCCAACGACUCACAAACUCACCGCCCUCCUCGACUUCGACUUCGCCUGUAUCGCGCAUCCCGCGCACGAAUUCCUCGUCUCGCUGCAAGAUCUCGGCGGCAAUAUCAUGGGUCCGUAUGGUGAAGAUCCCACGCAGGGCAAGCUGUCGGCUGCUCUCCUGUCCGGGGAUUUCAGUGAAGAGGUCCCCGGGACGCUGUGGUGGACGGGAAAGACGUUUAAUGAGAUGUUGAAGGACCGGGGAGUGAAGAGACCGUGUGAUAUGAUGCCGGGGAUGGAGGUGCUGCGACAGUGGAGAGCGCUGGAGCAGCUGAUCUGUCCGUUUCAUUUGGCGGCGCCGUUUAUUGUCCAGCGGAUGUCAGAGGAGCAGCGAGCUGGGGCGAGAGCAGCUGGGGAGGAGGAGCUGGUGGCUCAGAUGGAGGCUCUAGAAAAGGUCCUUGGGGUUGCUUCUUAGUAUAUCCAAGAUGUUGUAGCUGGUAUAGUUAGGAAUGGGCAAAUUGUAUGACUCCGAGAAGUCCUGUUUGUAUGUAUCUAAUGUCAGGAAUAGC